AUGCGCCUCAACGGCUCGGCGCCGGGUCCGCGGGGCGCGCCGGCGCCAAACCCUUCCGCUGCCACCUCGGGGCUGGAGGCGGCGCUCCUGGUCCCCGGCUUCGGUAACGGCUCAGGCAACGAGUCCGAGCGCCUCCGAGCGGCGCCCAGCAGCGACCUGGAUGUGAACACGGACAUCUACUCCAAGGUGCUGGUGACCGCCGUGUACCUGGCGCUCUUCGCGGUGGGCACCGUGGGCAACUCGGUGACGGCGUUCACGCUGGCGCGCAAGAAGUCGCUCCAGAGCCUGCAGAGCACGGUGCAUUACCACCUGGGCAGCCUGGCGCUCUCCGACCUGCUCAUUCUGAUGCUGGCCAUGCCCGUGGAGCUGUACAACUUCAUCUGGGUGCACCACCCCUGGGCCUUCGGCGACGCCGGCUGCCGAGGCUACUACUUCCUGCGCGACGCCUGCACCUACGCCACCGCCCUCAACGUGGCCAGCCUCAGCGUGGAGCGCUACCUGGCCAUCUGCCACCCCUUCAAGGCCAAGACCCUCAUGUCUCGCAGCCGCACCAAGAAGUUCAUCAGUGCCAUCUGGCUGGCCUCGGGCCUGCUGGCCCUGCCCAUGCCCUUCACCAUGGGCCAGCAGAACCGCAGCGCCGACGGCCAUCACCCCGGCGGCCUGGUGUGCACCCUAGUGGGCACCGCCACGAUCAAGGUCGUCAUCCAGGUUAACACCUUCAUGUCCUUCGUGUUCCCCAUGGUGGUCAUCUCCGUCCUGAACACCAUCAUCGCCAACAAGCUGACCAUCAUGGUCAGCCAGGCAUCUGAGCAGGGCCAGGUGUGCGCAGUUGGGGACCAACACAGCUCAUUCAACAUGUCCAUCGAGCCUGGCAGGGUCCAGGCCCUGCGGCACGGCGUUCGGGUCUUACGGGCGGUGGUCAUCGCCUUCGCGGUCUGCUGGCUGCCCUACCACGCCCGGCGCCUCAUGUUCUGCUAUAUGUCAGACACGCAGUGGACCCCGUUCCUCUACGACUUUUACCACUAUUUCUACAUGCUGACCAACGCCCUCUUCUACAUCAGCUCCGCCAUCAACCCCAUCCUGUACAACCUGGUCUCCGCCAACUUCCGCCAGGCCUUCCUGUCCACCCUGGCCUGCCUCUGUCCCCUGUGGGGGCGCAGGAGGAAGAGGCCAGCCUUCUCCAAGAGGACCAACAGUGUGUCCAGCAACCACACGUUCUCCAGCAACGUCACCCGGGAAACACUGUACUAGGCGGGUGGGGCCCCGCCGCUCGGCAGCCCCCCCCACCCCCACCCCUGGGGCGGCGGAGGGGUCCGGCGAGGCCCGGGGCCCCACUUGUUUCAGCUUCUCCCCCAGCCCGCCCCACCCCUCCCUCCUCUCCUCUUUGAAUGCCACGG